AGUCUUGUAUUACAGUCGUCUUCCACUCUGGGUACCGGAAAACCUUCCACACAUCGCGAACGACUAGACGAAGAUGAAGAUAGAGAAGUACGGCGCACUAUGGAGGGCCGGGCUGGUAAACGUAAACGUCGGAACGAUGAGUACACUAUUCAUAAUCCUGUUGAAAGCGAUGAGGAUUUGGAUGGUGAGCUUGAGACGUCAAAGCACAAGGGGAGUGAUGUGGCCGGUGUUGCGGGUUCUUCAAAGUCGAAGCAUAUAAUCGUAGUGGAUACUACUGGAUCUACCAGUGUUAAUCCGACUGCUCCUUCCUCCUCUGCUGUAGGGGGCGCACUAAAACGAAACGCGGAUGGAAGUGUGGCUGCUCCUAGGGUUGUGAAGAAAAAAGAAAAGGGAAAAAAAGUACCCUUCCGGAGCUGGGGAAAGAAGUCUACAUUGGCGGCACGACAACCGAAAGCUGACGUCGAUUCUGAUACGUCUUUCGACAGCUCAGAUUCAGCGUAUGAUACCGUUGAAGAAAAGGAGCCCGGCAGUAACAAUGAAUCGGAGGAGAGUGAUCAAGAAGGGUCUCAAUCUGGAGAAGAGGAAAGUGAAAGCGAUGGAGAUACAGAAAGUUCCUCCUCAAAGUUGACAAAGCAGGAACCUACAAAACGACUAGGAUUCAAAGAUUGGGCAUUGAAGCAGCUCAGCGUCGCCAAGGGCUACGAUCCUUCUCCAACAGAGGAUACAGUAUCCGCACAACCAGACCCUCCUUUGAUACCACCAACUAAAAAGCGAAAAGCAUCACAUUCGGGUCCACGCGAAAUGCGAGGGCCUUUAGGUGAAGAUCUAGAGCUCCCGAACACAUCUCUGCUAGAGCAUCUUCAAAAGUCAAAUAGCCAGGUCUCCGGAUCUCCCACGAAACGCGCCAAAAUCAUCACCGUAAAACGCCCAACUAGCGUGGAGGAGGCACGAUUAUUGUUGCCUAUAGUUACUGAAGAGCAGCCUAUCAUGGAAGCGAUCUUACUAAACCUCGUUGUUAUUAUAUGCGGAGAAACGGGAAGCGGGAAGACUACUCAGGUGCCUCAAUUUCUGUAUGAAGCAGGUUUUGGAGAUCCUGGUGGUGACAAUUCCGGAAUGAUAGGUAUCACCCAACCUCGUCGAGUGGCCGCCAUGUCUAUGGCAUCUCGUGUUGCUCACGAACUUUCACUAACAUCAUCCCGUGUGUCGUAUCAAAUUCGAUAUGAUGCCACAGUAUCGCCAUCAACCACCAUCAAGUUCAUGACUGACGGUGUCCUACUACGUGAACUUGCAACCGAUUUCUUACUCUCUAAAUACUCUGUGAUCAUCAUUGAUGAGGUUCACGAGCGUAGCAUGAAUACUGAUAUCCUUAUCGGUGUGCUGAGUCGGGUACUGAAACUGCGAGAACAAAUGUGGAAGGACGGUAAAGAAGGAGUCAAGCCACUGCGAUUGAUCAUUAUGUCUGCCACCCUUCGUGUAAGUGAUUUUGCUGAGAAUCGAACAUUGUUUCCAUCUCCACCACCUGUCAUAAAUGUCGCCGCCCGUCAACACCCAGUUACAAUCCACUUCAAUCGCCGAACCCCUUCAGAUUACGUUAACGAGGCAAUCAAGAAAGCAUCAAAGAUCCAUUCCCGUUUACCUCCUGGUGGCAUCUUGAUGUUCCUCACCGGACAGAACGAGAUUUCUGGGGUCUGCAAAAAAUUGGAGGCAAUGUAUGGCAAGAAGGCUCUGGAACAAAAGAGUAAAAGGAGACAAGCUGGACGGACGCUUGUAGCGGACGUUGAGCCUGAAGAAGUCGACCUUGGUCCUGCUGAACAGGAUUUAGCAUUUGAUAUUGACGAUGAUCAUGCUGAUCAAGAUAUGGAAGCACUGGACAGCGAGGAUGAAAAUGCUGGAUUAGACGAAGAGUUGGGUCUCAAUCUCGACGAGAGCGACACGCCUAUGCAUAUCGUUCCACUGUACUCACUCCUCCCCAAUGACAAGCAGAUGAGAGUCUUCCAAGCACCACCCCCAGGUCAUCGUCUUGUGGUCGUAUCCACAAACGUUGCUGAAACUUCUUUGACCAUACCUGGCAUCCGGUAUGUCAUAGAUUGCGGUAGAGCCAAAGAGCGCCGGUAUGAUGUAGCCAAUGGCAUCCAAGCUUUCCAGGUCAACUGGACAUCAAAAGCCUCAGCAGCACAGAGAGCUGGUCGUGCUGGCCGUACUGGCCCGGGCCAUUGCUACAGGCUAUAUUCUUCAGCCCUUUUUGAGCACUACUUCGAAUCUUUCUCGCAACCUGAAAUUCUCCGUGUUCCGAUUGAAGGUGUUGUACUGCAAAUGAAAAGCAUGAAUAUAGAUGCAGUGGUCAAUUUCCCCUUCCCUACUCCUCCUGAUCGUUACACAUUAAAAAAGGCAGAGACGGUCUUGACACACUUGGGAGCUCUCACCAGCACCGCUAUCAUAGCGCCAUCCACUUCAGAAGUGUCAAUGGCCACUAUAGGCGGCCAUAUCACCGCGCUUGGAAAAACAAUGGCUCUAUUUCCACUUUCACCACGUUACUCUAAGAUGUUGGUCAGCGGCCAGCAACAUGGGUGCUUACCCUACGUCAUCACGAUCGUUUCAGCGCUAUCUGUUGGAGACCCAUUCCUCCGUGAGGAAGCAUUGGAAGCCGAAGAAAGCUCAGAUGACGAAAAUAUGGAUGAAAAUCUUGAACAUAUCAAAAGUCAAUCAGUCAAAGCCAAAGAAGCUCGGAGGAUCCGUCGCCGAGCAUUCUUUGAGUCGCAGCAGACUCAUGCAUCUCUAGGCAAAUCGAGUAGUGAUAUCUUCAGCAUGCUUUCUGUGGCUGGAGCCUAUGAGUAUGCUGGAGGAGGUCACAAGUUUUGCGCGGAUCAUUUCGUCAGACCCAAGGCCAUGGAGGAAAUACAUAAGUUACGAGGUCAAAUUAGUAAUAUAGUACAAGUGAAUUUUCCGGGCGUUGAUACUGGCUUCAUUCCAACUCUUCGUCCACCUACCGAUUUACAGUUGAAAGUCCUUAGGCAGCUGCUGACUGCCGCAUUCAUUGAUCAAGUUGCCGUUCGUAAAGACAUUGUCGAGAAGAACUCGUCUGGGGGAAAGAAAUAUGCGUCUGCAAAAGGAGUUCCAUACCAGGCCCUUGGCAUCCCUGAAGACGUCUUUAUUCACCCCACCUCCGCCCUUUCUAAUUCGUCUCCUCCAGAGUAUAUCGUUUAUCAUGAAAUUGUACGAACAACUCGACCUUGGCUUAAAGGUGUUACCAUUAUCAAUCCUGUGUGGUUGUCUUCACUGGGCAAGCCGACGUUGUGCACAUUAUCAAAACCUACUCAAAACAGCGCCGGAAUUAUGAUGAGUAUUCCUCGGUUCGGCCCUGACAAAUGGGAAUUGCCUCCCGUAAAGGCAGAAAUAUAGUGUAUUAACAAUACAUAUUUUGGAUGUGGUAUUACAGUUAUAUUCUAGUGAAUGGUGUGCUGUGUAAUGUCUGAAUGUAGUGAUAAAAUAAUGCGCAGAUGUUCCGACCGAAAU